UUUUCACUGAGGAUUAUCCCUAACGAUUUUAAUAUUUACCAUUGUUUUAAGCAUGAGCAUGUGGUAAAAACAUAGUAGAUCCCUUAUUUUACCAUAUCUACUCAAGACUACUAAGUUUUGGUAGCAACAGAUUUGUAAUUUCUAGAUGAAUCAUAAAGGAACAUUGUAUCGUCGGAGGCCCUAAAUUCGUUACAGUCCUGGAGUCGUGUCCCUUUUCUUUUCCUCACAUAUCUCGCGAGAUUUAAUCCGAGGUUGCGCAAUCCGUGAGAAAAUUUUUACUAAUGAUAUGUGACGUCACAUCUUACUACACAACAGUCGACAAUGCGAUCAAAACAGGUUAAUCCUGUGUCCAAAAAGAAAAAAUACAGACUGUAUUCUCCCACAGCUUUGACAAACGCCUACAAAAUGGUAAAGGAACACAAAAUGUCGGUUAAAAAAGCAUCGAGAAUGUUUUAUGUGCCUGAUACAACUCUCAGGGAUAGAGUUCUACAGAAGGUAGAUCCAGAAACUGCAGUUUUUGGAAAAAGUCCUGUGCUGGAGUGCUUUGAAGAAGCAAAUCUUGUUAGACAUUUUAAGACAAUGGCAGCUUAUGGGUAUGGAUACACUAGACAGGAAUGUGUUGAUAUUGCGUCUGAUUAUGCUGUGCAUCUUGGCAAAAGAACAAUGGAUAAGCCAUUUACAAUGAAGUGGAUGAGGGGAUUUCUCAAAAGAUGGUCUGAGCUCAAAGUCUUAAAGCCAAGGGGACUUGAACAUGUGCGAGCAAAGAUGGCAUCCAAAGAGACAGUUGCUGAGUAUUUCAAGAAUCUUGCAAACACUAUCUCAACAUAUAACAUGCAUGACAAGUCGCAUCUCAUUUAUAACAUAGAUGAAAAGGGCAUAUCCAUUGAUCAUAAACCACCAUCAGUUGUAAGUGAUUCCACAUACUGCCCACAGGCUGUAACUUCUGGUCGGGGGAAAACUAUUACUAUUCUUGGAGGAGGAAGUGCCAGUGGAGUUGUCAUACCACCAUUUUUUAUUUUCCCCGGGAAGCGGAUGAGACCAGAAUUAUUAAAUAGGGCAUCUCCAGGAACUAAUGGGACUAUGAGUGAAACAGGUUGGUCAAAUGGUGUUGUAUUCCGUUAAUAUUUAGAAAACCAUUUCUUGAAGUUUGUACCUCGGAGAGACAAUGAAAAGGUUCUACUUUUGGAUGGACACCGCUCCCAUGUUUCUGUUAAUCUGGUAGAAUGGGCAAAACAGCAGGGCAUCAUCAUCUUCAUUUUACCUGCACAUACCAGUCACAUCUUGCAGCCCAUGGAUGUCUCCUGCUAUGGUCCCUUAGAGAAAAUAUACAACAACCUGUGCCACAAAUUGAUGAGGGAGUCCUCUGCUAACAUUACCCGAUAUAAUGUAUGUGAUGUUGCUGGCAAAGCAUACACUAGAGCACUUUCUCCAGAAAAUAUUCAGUCUGGAUUCAGAAAAACAGGUAUCUCCCCUUUGAAUUCUGAAGCGAUGAGGAUGGAAUGUCUGGUUCCAGCAGAGGUGUUCAAACAAAUCAGCCCUGAUGUAAACUCAACACUAAGUGAAAAGAAUACACACAAUGAUAAUGGCAAUUCAGAUACUGAGGAAGAAGACAGGGGCUUUGUAAUGGAAUUAGUGAACAAAGAGAAACACUUGAAGGACGUAAAGAGAGAUUCAGUUCGCAAGGAGAGAAAAACAUUAAGUAAGAUAGUGGCAGGGAAGGAAAUUUCUGAUGGAGUAAUUGAGAAAAUGGUGGAGCACGAAAGAAUUCAGAAAGGAUCACAUGGGGAAAAAAAGUCAACCAGUGUGAGGAAAGCCAAACCAAAAAAGGAAAUUGUUUUCAUUGAUGACACUCAACAACCAGGGCCAUCAGCUAUAAAUUUGAUUUCUGAUGAUGCCAAUAGUGACUCGGACAGUGACACUGAGAACAUAGAUCCAUCGAAGCUUUGUUGCAUUUGUCACAGAUGGCAACCGGAACAGAUCAAGAAUUGUGUUUCUUUAGUGUUUACCAAAUGGGCACAGUGUGACAGAUGUAACCACUGGGUUCAUUUAAUUUACUGCUCACCUGUGAGAUUUGUUAGAAGGAAUGACUCAUUUUUCUGUCCUCACUGUACAGAAGAGUGAUUAAAAUGUUUACAAUUAUCCCAAUAUGCUUUACUGUUAUUAUUAUAUUGAUUAAAUUUUUUUAAUGUUAAUUACAUUGUUAAAAUUGUUAUCCAAUGUUAUUAUAUUUGUUAACUGAAUUUGUUAUAUCGUGCAAUUCCCCAUUUAUUCAUUGUUGCAUUAUUUUUCAUUAUAAACGAAUCUUUAGACUG